AUACCCCCUCUGCUUUCCUUCACUACUCCCGUCUCCUCGCUGCAAGCCUGCUCAAGCUCCCAGCUCUCAAAGACUCAAACCCUCCCCGGGGAAACAAACCAAACCAAACUAAUCCAAACCAACCCAAGAUUACACAGAAUGCCCACUGCCGCCUCCUCAUCCUCCUCCAGCUCCCUCUGCAAGCACCACGCCGCCGCCUCACGCCGCCGAAUCCGCGUCUGCGUCGUCGUCUCCCUCGCCGUCCUCCUCCUCACCCUGGCCGUCGGCGCGCUAGCCAUCACGGCGCUCCGCCCGCACCCCGCCGACACCACCAUCUCCUCCAUCCGCCUCACCUCCGUCUCCCUUUCCCCCGGCCCAGGCCGCCUUUCCCUCAACGUCACCCUGGAUGCGGUGCUCGCCAUCCACAACCCGAGCCGCGUCGCCUCCUUCGCGCACUCCCCGGGCCACGCCCUAGUUUACUACCGCGGCGGGGUCGCCGCAGAAGCCGCCGUGCCGCCGGGACGCGUGGCCGCGGGGGGCUCCGAGUCCGUGACCGUCAGCGUCGCCGUGCUCGCCGACCGCCUCCUCCUCGCGCCGCGGCUGUAUGACGACGUGGUCGGCGGCGGCGGCAGGGAAUUGCCGCUGGCCGUGCAGACGACCUUGCCGGGGACAGUCACGGUUCUCGGCUUGCUCAGGCGCCGGGCGGUUGUGUUCACGGCGUGCAAAGUUACGGUCAGCGUGCGCCGGCCGGCCGAGCAGAGCUCCUCCACCUCCUCCUGCCGGUACCGGACCAAGUUCUAGCUCUAGCCUAGCCACACGAUCUUUUCCUGAAGCAACAUUGCUCAAGGUUAGGAAAGCCUCAUUGAUUUCUUUCCUGAGAACAUGAGCUAUCCUCAGGCAUUGGACUUCAGAUAAAAUGGCGUCUGGGAACUUGGGAGGAGACCUGAAAAUCCUAAGAUGUUAUAUCUCCUCCCAAAACAAAAACAUAUUUAUUAUUUGGUACAUAGGUGAUCUUUUCAACGGUAAGGUAACUCCCAGUCAUUUCAAUCUCAGUCAACAAGAUUAGCCAUUGAAUCUUCUCUCUAAGAUUAUGUUUUGGAGAUUGUCUAAACUCUUCUCUGUAAACUAGAUUAGUUUUAUCUACCUUUGUAAUUUUUAUGCUUCGUAAUUAAAAAUUGCAGUAGGAAAGAUAUCUUUCCUACUGCUAUCCGUAAAAACACUUGCCUCUAAGAUACGUGCUCGUGCAGAUUUCAUUUCAUAUAGUUCUCAAUCCCAUCGUUGCUCUUAUAUUUUCUUUUAAGGCCAUACAAUCAACUUCCAAUGGUUAUCUCGCUGGACUGAGAUCUUACAACAUUUCAGUCAGCUAAGAUCUAAGCAGACUUUUCAUUUGCUAUUUUAUUGCCUUCACAUGUAAACAUGGUAACCAAAUCUCUUAUAAAGUUGAAUUUGUUUCUAUUUUAUUUAGUUUACAAGCUUGCCCCCUCAGAUUAAACAGACAAUAUAUUGUACAGUUAUUAAGAGUGAAAAUUGUACAUUGCAUAGAAAACCAUAUACUGUAAAACAAGCAAAUCUCCAGGAUAAAUUGCUUGAAUGUGUUAAGAUAUAAUAUCCAACCAUCUAUCGCAAAAGACCGAUAUGAUAGGAAGAGGAGAUAUGAUAUACUUAACAGAAUGAAGCAACUAGAUUCAAUUGAACACAAGUAAAAUAACUCGAACGGCGAAAUAACGGCAUAAUGGAGACAAUUGAAGUGCAUAUGAUUUAAUUCGAUGACCUGCUUUAAUUUUAGCGAUUCUCUCUACUACACAUAAAUUCGGUACAUUAUAGAUAGCUCAGACGUCUCGAAAUGAUAAAUAAAUAAAUACUUUCUGAUGUCUGUUUGCGGUUAUUGUGAUGUGAUGCAGAAUCUAGUUAAUUAUGGGAUUUUUACUAGUUCUAUUGAAAAAUGAUUAUACGUAUUUAAGUUUUCAUUGGACUAAAUGUUACUGACAAAAUAAUUAGAAACUAGCUAAGUACCCGUGCGUUGCAACGGAGACACAAAUAUUUCAAUGAUUUACGUCUCAAAUAUAGAUUACGCAUGUCCAUCGACCGAUCGAAUUUUUUUCUUUCCAAAACGUAAUUGACAAACACAUAACUUACCUUAAUUUGUGGAACUUACCUUCCACAUGGGCUUAAUUUUCUCAAAUAUAGAUUACGCAUGGUUUCCUUAAUUUGUGGAACUUACCUUACUAUGGGCUUAAUUUGUGAAACUUAC